GCACACGAUAAAUUGACUCCGAGCAAUCCCCCUGCCUUAUAGCAUCCUCGAUACGGGGAGACGCUUAUGACUGAGAAAUACACGCCUUGGCCCGAUACAUCAAUCCAUUUCCGUACAAAUCUACCGACCGACUAUGUCCCAGUCAAAGCCCCAGAGAAGGUUGCCAACUGGAAAGCUCUACGCCAUUGCUGACAUCCACAUCGCCUUCCCUGCCAAUCGAGAAGCAUGGUCCAAGCUGACCCGCCAUCCCGGCGAUGGUCUCGUCUUAUGUGGAGACAUCGGAGAGACAAUCGAGCACCUUCAACUUGCAUUCUCAACAGCUACAAGAUGCUUCGACACGGUAUGGUGGUGUCCGGGUAAUCACGAGUUGUAUACCUUGCCAACAGGUUCCAGUGUUCGAGGAGAACACAAGUACGAGCAAUGUGUCGAUGUCGCACGACAAUAUGGUGUUUUCACCCCGGAAGAUGACUUUAUUGUUUGGGAGGGUCAAGGAGGUCCUGCAAUCAUUGCUCCGAUAUUUACCUUGUACGAUUAUUCUUUCAGGCCAGACGAGGUGACUUUGGAGAACGCCGUUCCAUGGGCGAGGGAGAAGGACACUGAGGCGACUGAUGAAUUUCUGCUUCAUCCAGACCCGUAUCCUACUCGUCAAGAUUGGUGUAAGAUUCUGGUUCAAAAGUUUGAAGCAAAGUUGGAAGCUGCAAAAGCACAACAUCCAUUGCUCCCUUUCAUCAUCGCAAACCACUGGCCACUUCGAAAAGACCUUGUUCAUCUCAAGUACAUUCCUCGGUUUAUCCUCUGGUGCGGAACAACAUUAACAGAUAAUUGGCAUGAAAGAUUCAAUGCUAAAGUGGUUAUAAGUGGCCAUCUUCACAUUCGGAGGACGGACUGGAAAGGUGGCUGUCGGUUUGAGGAGGUCAGCCUCGGCUAUCCGAGACAUUGGAAGGACUGUGCUGAUAUGGACAUGGGGGUGAAUGAAAUCUUGAGGGAAAUAUUACCAGGGCCAGAGACCCCUGAAGGAGGAGAGUUGCCGACGCAGUGGAGAAGGUACGGAUAAGUUGUUCAGAGACUCACGUGCGUAGAAGGAAUGCAUAACAGUCCAAGCCCAAGUAAACAAUAUGCCAGCUAGAGAGGUCAUUGAGAAGCCCAAGGUCGCUGCUAGUCUAAGUACCGCUGCGUUCGCCUUUGCAGCACGUUUCCUUCUUUGUUUGCCCGUAGCCACCGAUCGGCUAGUCACCUCGCUGCUCCGUUUACUUGAUGCAUCGAGACCAAUCUUAUCAUGUUUUCUUAGAUUUUAUACUAUACAAACUAUUGAAAGGAGUGUCCCUGUAGAGUGUAAUGACCACUCUAGACGGGACAGAGCACGAUGGGAAAGUGGCAGGUUGAAUCAGAGUAGAUUGACUAAAGAGCUAAGAAGGUUGGGAGUUGAGGUUGAAGAUAUCUCCCUCAGCAUAGACCACCAAGCUAGUCCUAACUAGGCUUGGCUAGAUACGAGCCGCAAUACAGAGCCUCACGGCACCCUGCUUCAACACAAA